AUGAAAGUUGUCAGUUUUUUUACCAUCUCUGCUGUCUCUGCAAAACGAGAUAAAGGAAAGCAAUCUAAAGGUCAACUUUCUCUUGAGUCGACUCAGGGUCGCCAGUUCAGUGACUGUGGCGGUAUCACUGAGUUCACCAAACAAAUGACCAGUUUGGAUAUUUCGUCGCCUGUUGAUCCGAAUAAUGGAUCAAAGUACCCGCCUAACGCUUUUUGCGAGUGGCUUCUCCAGGAUGAUUGCGCUGACAGCUUUACAAUCAAAACAAUCAAAUUCGAUAUUGAAGGCAACGAUAGAUGCACUUGGGACUACCUUGCGCUUGCAAAUCAGGAUCAAACUUUCAACGCAACUUACUGCAAUGAUGAUAAUGACUACUACGACUACGGGUCUGGCGACUCGGUCAUGGGAUUUCACGCACUCGAGGAAGGCAGUGAAAUCAUCAUUCCGGGAAAUUCAAUCAGCAUCACUUUUCUUACUGAUGGAUCCGAAGAACACGAUGGAUUUCAGAUCUCAGUCAUUCCAAACCGACCUGAAGGCUCAGAAUGUAGCGCAAACGUAAGAGAGCCACAAUGCGAUUUUCAAUACAAUAAUGAUGUAAAGAUGAAAACCUGGAUCCUCUCAACGUACGAUAAACUCGUUCCAUUCUCGAAUUACGCGGAUUCAUUUGAACUGGAUCCUCUCGUAUUUGGUGAGUGGCCUGCGGUAGAAUGCUUGAAUAGAUGUGUUGCAACUCCUGGAUGUUUCAAAAUCAACGUUUUGGGCCAAAAAUGCUCUCUACGUGGAAACAAAAUAGAACGAACAGGUCUUGGCUUCGGAAAUCUUAGCUUCGCCAUCAACGGAGAGGAUUGCCCUUCCGACCCCUCAAAUCGUCUUUGGAGAGAUAGAAAAGCAACAACUCAAGUUUUCUGCCACUUUUCUGGCGUUGAAGACGCCGAACGGUUUUUAGAAUAUCUCCGGUCGAAUAAUCAACAAAUGACGAAAUGGAACGUAACUGACGUAGACGGACAUAAUGGGGCGCUAACAACGCGAAAGAUGACUCGGAGAUGGACAUUCUCCGAGGCAACAGAACGACCAACGACCUGGGGACAUUGGUACACCUUCGUGACGACUAUCUUCUUCCGCGACUAUCUAGUCCCUGUCAACGCAACAAUAACAUCAACAACAAAUUCGACUGUAGAAGUUCCGAAUUCACGACCACCAAAUAGAAGAAGACGACAAGCCGACGAAGAUAAAGAGCUCCUCGCCAUUGCGAAUCAAGAAGUCCAAGACUUCAUCGCCAACCUCGAGAUUGGAGAUGACGUAGAAGUUCUCGAAACAGAAGUGUCUGAGAUCGAGCUUGAAAACUUAGAUCCCAUCGACGAUACUGACGCAAAUCAGAUGACAUAUGCGUAUUCAAACAUCAGAAAUCUUCUUGACUCAGCAAUGGAAGCGAAAGAAACUCGAAGACAACCCCAGAAAAUAAAACAGUUCGACCACGUGAAUCGUCGAUUCUCCUGGAUGUACGAUCACGCAAGCGAGGACUGUGGAACUCCAACUGACUCACUUUUCGGCACUGAUAAAUGGACCAUUCCAGAAAUUGAAGAAGAGAGCAUCUGUAGCAGUUUCGUGUCUUUGAUGGAAUCGACAAUGUCUUUCUACGACCAUAAAGUCUGCUUGGAUCACAUCAAUCUCAAAGAAAACAGAAGAGCUCGACGAAGAUACGAAAGAAUAGAGUCUGAUUUCUUUCGAUCGAAAAAGGUCUUCAAUCGACUUCUCAGAGGACUCAAGUGCGAAGAACAGCUAGAAACUGAUUAA